GGCGGCCCUCAACUUUUUGCCGGCCCAGCUGCAUUGCCCGCCGCCAUCUCAAGGUUCGCCGACCCGCGCUGUUCCCUCCGUCGAAGCUUCGUCAUCCGUCCUCGUUCCUCUCAACCUGUGUUGUUUUUUUUGGUCGCGUCUUUCGUCACCAGCUUUGUACCUCGGCGUUUCUCGAGCGCUUCUCUAUCUCAACAUUUCUGUUGUCCCGCACCACUAAACACUCCACACAAUGGCUCCCAUGGUGGCUGGCAAGGAGAAGGAGUCCAACGUGGCUCGUCUCCUCGGCUCUGGUUCCGCCGGUAUUGCCGAGCUUGCCGUCUUCCACCCGGUCGACACGAUUGCGAAGCGUCUGAUGAGCAACCAGACCAAGAUUGCGAACGCUGCUCAGCUCAACUCGGUCAUCUUCAAGGACAAGGCUGCCGCUUCGGCCGGCACCAAGUUCUUCUCGCUUUUCCCCGGCCUCGGAUACGCCGCCGGCUACAAGGUCUCCCAAAGAAUAUACAAGUAUGGUGGUCAGCCAAUGGCCCGCGAUUUCCUCGCGGCGCACUACGGCAAGGACUUUGAGAGCGCUUUCGGCAAGAAGACUGGCAAGGCUAUCAUGCACUCCACUGCUGGCAGCUUGAUCGGUAUCGGAGAGAUCGUCCUCCUGCCCCUCGAUGUCCUCAAGAUCAAGCGCCAGACAAAUCCAGAUGCCUUCCGUGGCCGUGGCAUCGUCAAAAUUAUCGCCGACGAGGGUUUCGGUCUCUACAGAGGGUGGGGCUGGACCGCUGCCAGAAACGCACCUGGCUCCUUCGCGCUGUUCGGUGGUUCCGCUUUCGCCAAGGAGUUCCUCUUCAAGCUCGAGGACUACAACAAGGCCUCCUGGUUCCAGAACUUUGUCGCCUCCAUCGCCGGUGCCUCUGCCUCGCUCGUCGUCUCGGCGCCUCUCGACGUCAUCAAGACCCGCAUCCAGAACCGCAACUUUGAGAACCCCGAGAGCGGUUUCCGUAUCCUGUCCAACAUGGCCAAGCACGAGGGUGCUGGUGCGUUCUUCAAGGGCUUGGUACCAAAGCUUUUGAUGACCGGCCCCAAGCUCGUCUUUUCGUUCUGGCUGGCUCAGACCCUGAUCCCCGCUUUUGACGGCAUGAUGAAGAAAUAAAGGACAAAAACAGCAGGAUCGAAGAAUACGCAGCACACGAAGCACACGCGGCACAAGCAGCACGAAGCAGAAGGCUGUGGGGGAAAUGACAAGCGGCAUAAUCUGAUAAUCAGGGGUCCAUUGGACGUGUAUCAACAUCUAGGCGGGACGGGCGUUUUUGACGGACGGCGAUCAAAAGGACCAAUCUCGGGCGUAGGCAUUGGCGUAUAUACCAUGGGUAUGUGAUUGGCACGAUAUCUUCUCCAUGUCAAGCGUGUCGGUGAGGGGCGCUUGUUAGAGUGCGGAGGCAUGGCCGCGGGGAUUCGGAGGAGGAGGGAAGAGAGGGUUCCACCAUAGCGGAACUGCAUGAUAAAAGACCUACUCCUCUCUUCGCACCACAAUACAAUGAAACUGGGCAUGAUUUAUGUCUUAAGCAUCG